AUUUUGUUGUUUGUGUUUAAGAUCUUAAAGGGAAGGGCACCUUCUUAUUUAUCAGAUCUGCUACAUGUCUAUACUCUGGUUAGAUCAUUGAGGUCAUCUAAUCAGGUGCUUCGAUGUUCCACGGUCUAGACGUAAGAAUAGAGGAGACCGAGCUUUUUCAGUGGUGCCUCCUAAAUUAUGGAAUGGCUUACCGGUUCAUAUAAAAACAGCCCAAACACUUGAGAGUUUAUAGACCUUGCUCGAGACAUUUUUAUUCUUUGGCUUUUAAUGUAAAUUGAGUAAUGAGAUAUUUUUACAGUGUUAUGUGUUUAGCUGAUGUGUGUUGAUGUGAAUAUAAAGUUCUUGAUUCUUAAAAGCACUUUAAUCAACUCUUUAAAUGUGCUAUACAAAUAAAGUUGAAGUUGAACUUGCAAGUUAACGCAUAACCAACAACCUAUUAUUGUUCUGCAUUAAAUGUUAAAGGUAAGCCUAUACGAUUUCUGAAUUACACCUGUUUAUCAGGAGUAAAAUACAGGGGGCAUCAGUUUGUGUUGAGAUCAGAGAAAAAACAUUGCAACAGGAUGGGAAAAAUAUUGAAUAACGACGCAUCAAAAAUGGGCUUAGCAUAUGCCAGUCAACAACACGAAAAUACUCAGCAUAAAUCCCUUAACAAUGGUGACUGCACACAGGGGCGUAGCCUGGGCCCCAUGCAUAGGGUGUUGCCCCUCCCAUUUCUCCAUUUUAGUUAUCUAAUCACGAACAAACUGUAUGAUAACCAAACAAGACUUUGGGCCCUAUUUUAACGAUCUGAAACGCAAGUGCAAAGCGCAAAGCGCAAGUGAGUUUGUGGGCGGAUCUUGGGCGCUGUUGCUAUUUCCCGGCGGGAGAAAUAACUCUUUCACCAGGCGCAAAUCAAUAAGGGGUUGGUCUGAAGUAGGUUCAUUAUUCAUAGGUGUGGUUUGGGCGUAACGUCAAAUAAACCAAUCAGAACGCUAUCCAACAUUCCCUUUAAACACAAGGGCGCAAGUUCCAUGGCCGGUUGCUAUUAUUAUGACGGAUUUACCAGGCGCACGCCAGGAGCGGUUCACAGCCGAGGAGACCCACGUUCUUGUAAGAGCAGUCAAACACAGAGAAGUUGUUUUGUAUAGGGAUAGGAGAAACCCGCCCAAAUCAGCGUAGGUUAAACAGGCGUGAGAGGAAAUAGCCACAGUCUCAUCAGCUGGCAUCCCCAUCGUUGCGCCAAGCGCUAAAAUGAUGUCAGGAGACGGGGGAAUCCCAAGCUUGCCAGCAUAAAUCGGGCACGCCGUGUAACGGGAGGUGGAUCUGCCUCUACACAGCACCUGACGCCAGCAGAGGACAUCGCUGCGUCCACCCUCACCCCUGAAAGGGUUUGGGGGCUUUGAAAUCGGACCCAAGAAAAGCAAGCAAGGUCCAACCCCAAAGUAAACUUACAAAUCAAGUUCAUAUACAUUAAGGUUUCUUAUGAAAACAUUUUAAAUAUUAUUUACAUAAAAUAAACGUAAUACAGCCACACAACAAACUUAUGAAAAUAUUUAAAUCAUUAUUUGCAUGAGAAUUUUUUAACGCAGCCACACAAUAAUUAAAAACUAUCACCACAAUGCUCACCACAAUGAUUUCCCUUAUCUCAUGUGUUAAUAUUUUUUAUUGUAACAAUUUAUGAUUUGCAAAAAUAACUGUUGCAUCUGUGUAGAUUAGAUAAGCAAAGUGUGUGCACGUUGUGCACGAUAUACAUUAUGGUCAAGCAUGCGCCCUUAAAAUAGCAUAAUGAACCACGCGCAACGCGCCACUGACUUUAGACUAGUUUUUUUUUUGGUCAGUGGUGCAAUUGUUUUUUGAAACUGCAAAAUAGCAUCAGGGAUGGUUUGCGCCGCAACACGCCUCCUUUUUUGCGCUGAACCGCCCAGGGAGCGCAAGCUCAUUCCCUAGUUUGCCGACGUGCAUCUGUGGAGGGAAAAACCCGCUGUGCGCCGGUGCAAAAUACGAAUGAUACAUGCGUCACUGACAAAGUCAAUUGCGAUGGGUGCAAGAUAGGGCCCUUUAUGUUCAUGCUCCCUGCUCUCUUCACUUCCACCAUUAUCCUCAAUCACAUCUUUUCUAUCAUCUUUCUCUACAUUAAGGAUACAUUUGAUAUUAACCUCUUUUACUAAUUAUAACUUUAUAUAAUGAAACACACUACGAUGUUGGUGUUACUUAACACCUUUUAUUUAAAAUGGCUAAACAUGGUUUGCUUUAAUUUUGAACUAUAUUAGCUCACCUUGUUUGAAAUCCAAAGAGGAGGUUAAAGGGUCUGUUGCUACUCCACUCCCUGAUGUGACAGUUUCUGAAACUGAGGCCCAUGUGUUUCACAAUUAAGAUCUGCUUCUACUGAAUCUGACAUAAAUAUAAUGUUGAAAUGAUAUGUAGCUAAGCUACCGAUGAGCUACCAAGCCACUUAUGUGACUGAUUUGCCUGUUUUUGCUAAUUUUAGAUAUUAUAGACUAAGACUAUGCAUUUAAAAUUAAACAUUUUUAAAAUUAGGCUAUUAUAACGGUGUUUUGUAAGGAAACAGCUUUGUUAGUUUACAGUUUGUUUAUUUAUCCUUUCACCUCAAAUUGCAUGUAGCCUAUAACCAAAUUAUCAUCUACGUUCAGCUUUUUCAAUGGGUGGUCUCAGUUCAUUUUUAGCACUAACAAUUGCGGGGAUAUUCAAAUAGUUUAGCACUAUAGAUUUCGUGUUCUAGUUUGUGCUCACCUUUCUUUGAAAAAAAGUCAGUCACAAAUCGUUUCUUUAAAUCGUCGACCUUUAAUAUGUUUGCUGUGUUAUAGACAGUAACAGAAUGUGUGCACAUUGUGUGAUCAACAUACAAAUGAUUACAACAGAAGCUUAAUUCAGAUUCACAUGCUUUUAUAUCAAAUGAUAAUCACAUAAAGUCUUUAUCUAAGAUCUGCUGUCGCCUGUAUUUUUGUGUCUACUGACCACAAACAGCCCACUACUGCAGUGACUUGCUGCUUUAGUUUUAUUUUAAUUUUUAAGUAGUGUAAACCCAUGAAAGUAAAUGCAAGCUACCAGCCAAAUACUGCAGUUAAAGUGUUGUUGUUGUUUUUAUAAGGUGAAAACAAAUGUUGUUAACUAAAAAUUGCACAAAGUAAGAUUUCCUUACAUGGCUCAACUUUGUCAUCUUAAGUUAUUCUUUAUGCAGUGUUUAUAUGACCUGGCCACAAGCUUCAGAUAAGGGGCAAUUUUAGCAGAUAAAGGAAGUGAAAGAUUAUAUAAACAUCUAACAUACAGCCACUGUAGUGAUAGCUGAUCUUUUUCUCCUUCAGUUUUAUGUUUUGUUUAAACAUUUUUUUUAUUGUACAAGAAAUUGUUUCUGUUAUAUCAACCAAACCAAUGAAAAUGUAUGUGGACAUGAUGAAAAUAUGGAGAAAUGAAACAUCACAGCUGUUUGACAUGCAGACAAUCAGGCUGAAGUUCGUGUUGGUUAUUUUUUGGCUUAUUGCAGGUGAUGAGUGUAGGAAAGUACAUGUUCAGACUGGAGGAUCUGUUACUAUUCCAUGUCAUUAUGAAAGUAAAUACACCCAACUCAAGAAAUACUGGUGCUAUAAUUCAUUAGGAUAUUACCCAUUCUGCUCUAUUCUGGCAUAUGCAAAUGAAACCAAAGGAGACGUGUCAGUAAUUGAUCAUCCUGAUCAGAGUUUAUUUACUGUCACUAUGAGAGACCUGCAGGAGAAAAACACUGGAACUUACUGGUGCGCUGUGGAAAUUGAAGGAAUUACCUCUGAUGCGACAGAGUGGUUUUAUCUCAAAAUCCAAUCAGCUCCUGGUGUCUCCGUGAUGCCCAGCAGUGUAACUGUAGAUGAAGGUGGUAAUAUCGGUGUACAGUGUCUCUACACUUCAACAUAUAAGAAUAAAACCAAACAGUGGUGCAGAUAUAAAGACAAGAGAUGUUACACAGUGGGAAGUUCUGACACAUCCCAGUAUUCAGCUGAGAUCAGUGAUAAUGGGAGAGGAUCUUUGACUGUGGUGAUGUCUGGACUGAUGAAGAGUGAUUCAGGCUGGUAUUACUGUUCUGUAGGACAUCUACAGGCUCCUGUUCAACUCACAAUCAAUGCGGUGACUACAGAUAGCAGCUCAACAAGAAACAUACAGUAUGAUCAUCUGAAGAUGUGGCUUCUACCCAUUAUUCUGCUUCUGCUGCUAAUUCUGGUUACUGUGACAUCUGUUAUGCUGAAAAACAAACACAGGAGAAAUAACAAUUACAUCUCAAAUGAAGAAAGAGACAAAGCCAGUGAUGAAGAUGAUCCUGAAUGUGAUGUGACGUACAGUUCUGUCAUAAAUCUUCCCAAGACUGAAGCACGUGAACCAGCAGAUGUAGAGGAAAAUGUGAUCUACAGCUCUGUGUGUGAAUAGGCGUUUGAUCUGGAUUAAAUACCUGAACAAAAUAUGAACACAGAUGCAAGAGCUUGCAAAACAGCAACACAGAUAAAGCUUUUACAUUACAGUAAAAUUAUAUUUGCUUUGUUGAAGUGUGGUCUUAUGACAGCCAAGUUUCCCAGAAUGCAUUUCGCGCCAACGACAAUGAAGCUUAAAACCUGCACAAUAUUUGAAAUAUUACGCUUUCUGUGUCAUAAAAAAGUUUUAAGAGCUGUUUAGUCGAGAAUAUAAAUGAAUAAACUUCAAAUAUGUGAUCAGUUAGUAAAGAUAGUGCCUAUUUUAAAAAUUUCCUUUUGGAUAUGUGAGUUCCAGGGAAUCAGCGAGUGGUCAGCGGCGUACACCCUGCUGAGGGCAGCCUCAUCUCGGCAAGUCCUUCUGAAAUUUGCCGCGAUCUCAGUGCAGCUGCUCUGCCCUCUCUGAUGGUCAAACAUAAAAAAGCAUCAUUUAUUUAUCUGUAUUAUUCAUAUGAAGUCUGUUAUUUUUUAUUAUCCUUUUAACUGAUGCUUAAGUUAAGUUUCAUAACUUAAAUCACAUAUAUUUUUAGCUAUGAUUUAUAUAUAAUCUUAACACUGUAGUAAAUUUCUACAAUUUACUUCAACUGGAUGUUUUUUGUGUUUUUUUAUG